AUGGCCACCUCUUCGGCCUGUGUUGCGUCGGAGUACACCGAGGAGAUUGAGCGUCUCCGAAGGGACCUAGCCGCAAGCAGAGAUAAGAGGGGUGUUUUUGUGGACCAGGAGAACUACAGGACCAUGGAGCUGAGGCUCACCAGCCAGUCGCAAGAGAUCUUGGAAAAAGAAGCGCAAAUAGAGUCCCUAAAUGCAAAGCUUCUGACAGUUACGGAACUUUUUGAGAGAACAAAGAAAGAAGUUGCUGAAAGGACUGAACAGCUCCAGACAACAACUGCUGAGCUGCACAGCACAAAGAGAAGCAAAGAUGCAACAGAGCAGGUGCUGUCCAGGACAAGUGUUGAGAAAAAAGAGCAGGCUUUCCUUGUGGUGGCCCAUUGCAAGACAGAGGCUGCACUUACUGCGACUGCUCAGGAGUUGGUUGGCGUGGCCCAAACCACCACAACCGACAUUGACCUGCUGCAGCAAAAGCUUCAGCGCGCAUCUGCCAUUGACCAGACGAACAAGGAACGGCAGUGUGCCUUUGCGGCCAGCUCAAGUGUGCUUUUUGAUCAAAUUAAAUCCAGUUUCACUACACAGCUUGCUUCUCAACAAGAUACCCUCACUGGCAUUGGAGGCACGUUAGCCUCUCUUAGCAGCCUCAUUCAGGAACAUCAAGCUGCUGUUGCUGCAUACACGUUCGAAGCCAGGAAGUUUGCUGAUGAGAGUGCGGCAGCUAAUGCCUCCAUCCUCUCAUCACUGCUGUCCUCGGUGCAAGCUUCCCAGGAGCAGCAGGCAGAUCAGAUGGCAGGUGACUUGGCCAACAACCAAGCAAGGCUGCAAAAGCUGUGCCAAUCUCUCGUGUUGGAGCGUAUGCAAGCAGCACAAAACAAGCUGCAAGAGCUGGAAAAGCACCAGUUGGCUCUGGGACAGCAGGUUGCAUCGGUGUGCCGCCUUGUUUCGGAUGAGGUCACCGCGGACCACAAUCAGCAGGCGCGCGUCUUAGCAUCUAUCGUUGUGGAAAAUGACAAGUUGCAGCGCCAGUUGGUCGCCAGGAAUGAAGAGAUCCAGAGACUUUCAAAUGAAGCAGAGAAGAAUAUGGCUGCUUUCAGGCAGCAGUUCGAGAACUUCUCGCAGUUAUUCUUUACAUCACAGGCUAUGAACAACGACACCAUUGACAAGAUUAGAGGACACUUUGACAAGAUUGCAGAAGCAGGCACUGUGCAGACGUCAGUCAUCAAGUGCAAUGCAGAAUCGCUGGUCAAGUCCUCGGGACGCCUUGUUUCCAGCGUUGCGGCUCUGCACCAGGACAGCGCCAAGGCAACGAGCGAUUGCUUGGCUAGGGCUGAAGAGGCCUCCCGCGGCCUUUCCACCAUUCACAAGGUUCUAGAAGCGAGCAUCUCUGAUGAGGUGGCUUCCACGUCCGCAAUUUUAGCAGAGCAGAAGAGAGUUGCUUGUGAUAGAAUUGCAGCCUGUAUUAGUGGCAUCUCAGAAGCUGUUGCUGCUGGAACAGACACUGCACAAGGCCAAGCUGACAGAGCUAAGGCCUUGAUUGGUGAUUUGGAGACCACAGAGUCGCACAGCUGCUGCCAGCUUUUGUCCGAGUGCCAGUGUGGCACUGUGCAAACCGCACAUGCACAGGACAUUUCCGAAGCUCUUCGUACAGGCAUUGCCAACAACAUGGCAAAAUGCUCCUCGGUGGUCUCAGACUUCUUCCAGAAUGACCUGCAGGAGUGUGUCCCCACUGGCUGCACUCCACCAAGACGAGAGUACAGAUACCCGACGGAGUUGGCGCAGACGUCACCUCAUGAGCAAAUUCUUAACAGGCUGAGGACGUCCACUGAUUCUAACGCUGCAACUCGCCUAGUGUUGCCUACAUCUGAUGAGCUGGACAACAAAGAAAACGCCACCCGGACUGCGAAGCCAAAAAAUCUGCCAUGAGUAACACCUAAUAAAUAACUGACGCAGCGAAAUGCGUAGCACAU